UCCGCCAUCUUCACGUUGCAAUCUAUAGCUCCCAGUCCGCGCCCGCACCGACCCAGGCGCACUGGGCGAGCCGCCCCUCAGCCCAGCUCCCCUCGGGCCCGCGGCGCCAGGGGAGCGCUGGGGAGCGCUCGCGGGGACCCGGCAGCCUCUCCGGCCGGCGCCAGCCUGCCAGGUGAACUGGGAAGGAGCCGCUCCUGGAGUCCCCCCAGAGCCUCGGAAGGGUCAGUCUCCGAGAAAAAAACAGGCAGCCCGCAGAAAACCCAGAAACAACCGAACCGGGGCAGUUUUACAUUGCUUUGGGUUUUUGGAGGGGGCGGGGUGAGGGGGUACGAGACAAGUCCCCAAGUUUUCUUUGCUUUUUUUUCUUUUCUUUUUCUUCUAUUUUUUAUUUGUUUGCAUUUUUUUUUUUUCCUUUUCCCCCUCCUGGUAGAAGUGCGCUUUCCACCUACCAGACCCUGAAAGAAAGUGUCAGGAGCCGGUGCAAAAUCCGGUUUAAGUUCAAGAAGACAUUUGCAAGUCCAGGAGGCCAAGCAGUUUGAAGAAGUGUAAGCAAUUUUUUUUUCCUUGAAAAGAAUAUAUUUUUGAAGAAACCAGCCAGUCCGCGGCAAGCAAGAGCAGAUUUUUUUUUUUUUUUGCCUUUCUCCUAUUUUAGAUCGAGAGGUUUUUCUUUUUCCUUCUCUUGUUCUUUUUUUGCAAACAAAACAAAAAACAGCAUAGAAGAAAGCGCAAAAUAAAGAAGAAGAAGAGGAGGAAGAGAGGGCAAGAGGGGAAGGAAAAAAAAAAAACCAAAACACCAACCCGGGCAGAGGAGGAGGCGCGGCGGCGGCGGCAGCGGCGCGGCGCGGCGGCAGCGGCGGCGGCUCGGACCCCUCCCCCGGCUCCCCCCAUCGGUGCAGCUCUCCGGGCGAUGCCAGAAUAGAUGCCGGGGCAAUGUCCCGCCGCAAACAGGGCAACCCGCAGCACUUGUCCCAGAGGGAGCUCAUCACCCCAGAGCCUGAGCAUGUGGAGGCCACCAUCCUCGAGGAAGAUGAGGGUCUGGAGAUAGAGGAGCCCAGCAGCCUGGGGCUGAUGGUGGGUGGCCCCGACCCUGACCUGCUCACCUGUGGACAGUGUCAGAUGAACUUCCCCCUGGGGGACAUCCUGGUUUUUAUAGAGCACAAGAAGAAGCAGUGUGGCGGCAGCCUGGGUGGCUGCUAUGACAAAGGCCUGGACAAGGGCAGCCCGCCGCCCUCCUCACGCUCUGAGCUCAGGAAAGUGUCCGAGCCGGUGGAGAUCGGGAUCCAGGUCACCCCCGACGAAGAUGACCACCUGCUCUCACCCACGAAAGGCAUCUGCCCCAAGCAGGAGAACAUUGCAGGGCCGUGCAGGCCUGCCCAGCUGCCAGCGAUGGCCCCCAUAGCUGCUUCCUCCUCCCACCCUCACACAUCUGUGAUUACUUCACCUCUGCGUGCCCUGGGCGCUCUACCGCCCUGCUUCCCCCUGCCGUGCUGCAGCGCGCGCCCUGUCUCGGGUGACGGGACUCAGGGUGAGGGUCAGACGGAGGCUCCCUUUGGAUGCCAGUGUCAGUUGUCAGGUAAAGAUGAGCCUUCCAGCUACAUUUGCACAACAUGCAAGCAGCCCUUCAACAGCGCGUGGUUCCUGCUGCAGCACGCGCAGAACACGCACGGCUUCCGCAUCUACCUGGAGCCCGGGCCGGCCAGCAGCUCGCUCACGCCGCGGCUCACCAUCCCGCCGCCGCUCGGGCCCGAGGCCGUGGCCCAGUCCCCGCUCAUGAACUUCCUGGGCGACAGCAACCCCUUCAACCUGCUGCGCAUGACGGGCCCCAUCCUGCGGGACCACCCGGGCUUCGGCGAGGGCCGCCUGCCCGGCACGCCGCCGCUCUUCAGCCCGCCGCCGCGCCACCACCUGGACCCGCACCGCCUCAGCGCCGAGGAGAUGGGGCUCGUCGCCCAGCACCCCAGUGCCUUCGACCGAGUCAUGCGCCUGAACCCCAUGGCCAUCGACUCGCCCGCCAUGGACUUCUCGCGGCGGCUCCGCGAGCUGGCGGGCAACAGCUCCACGCCGCCGCCCGUGUCCCCGGGCCGCGGCAACCCUAUGCACCGGCUCCUGAACCCCUUCCAGCCCAGCCCCAAGUCCCCGUUCCUGAGCACCCCGCCGCUGCCGCCCAUGCCCCCCGGCGGCACGCCGCCGCCCCAGCCGCCGGCCAAGAGCAAGUCGUGCGAGUUCUGCGGCAAGACCUUCAAGUUCCAGAGCAAUCUCAUCGUGCACCGGCGCAGCCACACGGGCGAGAAGCCCUACAAGUGCCAGCUGUGUGACCACGCGUGCUCGCAGGCGAGCAAGCUCAAGCGCCACAUGAAGACGCACAUGCACAAGGCCGGCUCGCUGGCCGGCCGCUCCGACGACGGGCUCUCGGCCGCCAGCUCCCCGGAGCCCGGCACCAGCGAGCUGGCCGGCGAGGGCCUCAAGGCGGCUGACGGCGACUUCCGCCACCACGAGAGUGACCCGUCGCUGGGCCACGAGCCCGAGGAGGAGGACGAGGAGGAGGAGGAGGAGGAGGAGGAGCUGCUGCUGGAGAAUGAGAGCCGGCCCGAGUCGAGCUUCAGCAUGGACUCGGAGCUGAGCCGCAACCGGGAGAACGGCGGCGGCGGCGGUGGCGGCGGGGUGGCCGGGGUGCCGGGCGCGGGCGGCGGCGUGGGCGGCGCGGCCAAGGCGCUGGCCGACGAGAAGGCGCUGGUGCUGGGCAAGGUCAUGGAGAACGUGGGCCUGGGCGCGCUGCCGCCCUACGGCGAGCUGCUGGCCGACAAGCAGAAGCGCGGCGCCUUCCUGAAGCGCUCGGCGGGCGGUGGGGACCCGGGCGACGACGACGACGCGGGCGGCUGCGGCGACGCGGGCCCGGGCGGCGCGGUCAACGGGCGCGGCGGCGGCUUCGCGCCGGGCGCCGAGCCCUUCCCGGGCCUCUUCCCGCGCAAGCCGGCGCCGCUGCCCAGCCCCGGGCUCAACAGCGCGGCCAAGCGCAUCAAGGUGGAGAAGGACCUGGAGCUGCCGCCCGCCGCGCUCAUCCCGUCCGAGAACGUGUACUCGCAGUGGCUCGUGGGCUAUGCGGCGUCGCGGCACUUCAUGAAGGACCCCUUCCUGGGCUUCACGGACGCGCGCCAGUCGCCCUUCGCCACGUCGUCCGAGCACUCGUCCGAGAACGGCAGCCUGCGCUUCUCCACGCCGCCCGGGGACCUGCUGGACGGCGGGCUGUCGGGCCGCAGCGGCACGGCCAGCGGGGGCAGCACGCCGCAUCUGGGCGGCCCGGGCCCCGGGAGGCCGAGCUCCAAGGAGGGCCGGCGCAGCGACACGUGCGAGUACUGCGGCAAGGUGUUCAAGAACUGCAGCAACCUGACGGUGCACCGGCGGAGCCACACCGGCGAGCGGCCUUACAAGUGCGAGCUGUGCAACUACGCGUGCGCGCAGAGCAGCAAGCUCACGCGCCACAUGAAGACGCACGGGCAGAUCGGCAAGGAGGUGUACCGCUGCGACAUCUGCCAGAUGCCCUUCAGCGUCUACAGCACCCUGGAGAAACACAUGAAAAAGUGGCACGGCGAGCACUUGCUGACUAACGACGUCAAAAUCGAGCAGGCCGAGAGGAGCUAAGCGCGCGCGGGCCACCCCCCCACCCCCACCCCCGCGCACCUGUACAGUAGCCCCGUCGCCAAGCGAGAGAAUGCUGACCUGACACUUGCCUCCAUGUCGCCGCCGCCGCUCGGCACCCCCUGCGAGCCCCCGGGGCCCCAGGGGAGGCGGCCCUCCAACCUAACCUGUGUCUGCGAAGUCCUAUGGAAACCCGAGGGUUGAUUAAGGCAGUAAAAAU